CUUAGAUUUGGAGGCCACUCUAGGCAAUGUUCAACCCUCUCAAAUGUUCAACCCUCUCAAAGUCACACGAAGAAGAAGAAGAGUCCUCAGGAGUGGAAGAAGAAGGGGGCGAAGUUGAUGAUGGUUGAGUCCGAUGGGACUCAAACGAAAAUCGAUGAGCUCACUGACCUGAUGGACUACUCAGAGUACGACGGCGAGGAGACCGCUGAAGGUAGCACCCUCGCUGCAGUUGUAAAGGCUAAGGCAGAUGGCCGAGGGAAGGGCCAUUCAAGGAGUCAAGGGAAGACCGCCUCCAAUCAGACCAGGCAGGCUGAUUGGGUGAAGGCAGGUCUUGAUCAAGACGUGUGGCGUGACCGCCGAGUGCGUGGCGCUUGUAUCAACUACGGGGAAUACGGUCACUCGCAGUACAAGUGUCAGAACGUGAAGGUUGCGCAAAAGAUGCCUCCAAAGAUGGGGGCAUCUUAUUCCCAGGCUUCUAGCUCGGGAAACGCGACCAUGGAUUUCACGGACACCCUGGUGACAAGUAAGAGUGGCAAGAGGCACAUCUUCGUCAUCAUCGAUCAAUUCACCAAGUACGCUAGACUAGUGGCUAUGCCAGAGACCGCAAGAAAUGACUAUGUCAUCAAGUUGUUCAAAGAUAACUGGGUGCGUGACUUUGGUUUAACAAAGUCAAUCGUUAGUGACCGAGAUGUCCGAUUCACAAGUGAGUUGUGGAAAAAGACUGUAGAACAGAUGGAUAGUCAACUUCAGAUGACUUCAGGGAAUCAUCCCGAAGCCAACGGACAAGCCGAGCAAAUGAACAGAGUUGUACAGCACUUGCUGAUGCAUUACAUCAAGCCCAGCCAGGAUGACUGCGAUGAGCAAUUGCCUCUCAUCGCCAACCUAUACAACAAUGUUAUCCACAGCAGUACCGACGUUAGUCCUAAUCAACUUCAUUUGGGAUGGAAGCCUAGAUCAGCAUUAGACUUCCUCCUACCUGAAAACCGACCUGCUGCAACUCCAGGAACACUUGAGUAUGGUGUGCAGUAUGAGAAGUUGCUGCAAGAAGCUGUCGAGCACAUGAAGAAAGCUCAGCAAGCAAUGAUUGCUUCUGAGAAUCAACACUGUAGACAGUCCACAUUUCAGGUAGGGGAACGUGUCUGGGUCAAGGCUAGUAAGUUAGGACAGGAAUUCGGAUUCUCUCGCAAACUAAUGGCUCAGUACUUUGGUCCCUGGGAAGUCCUGGAUAUAGUGGGAGAUGAGAUGGAUGGCCCCACAUAUAUCAUUCGUGUCCCUGGACACCUACGCACUCACCCAGUCUUUCAUGCCUCAAAGCUUGCACCUUUCGCUGAGCCAGAUCAAUUCCCUUCAAGGAGAUCGAUGCUGCCCCCAACCAUGGAUGGUCAAGUGGACAUCGACGACAUUGUGGAUUACAAGGAUAUGCCUGUUCCGAAGCCGCUGGGACGAGGAAGACCUCCUAAACCCAAGAGAGAGUAUCGUGUCAGAUUCAGGCAUCAUACGGAUCCAAAAGAAGAUCGGUGGUUUACCAAAGAGGAACUGAUUGAGACAGCUCCUCAAGUGGUGGCAGAAUAUGAGAGACUGCUGAAAGGGAAGGCACCAGUGAAUUAAGCAUCUCAGCGAACUUUCGAAGCUAAGGGGGAUGGAAUAUGAAUUCAACCGGAUCUGUGAGAAAACGGCGAAGAGGUGUCAGGAGGAUGAGAGAGCCUCCCCCCAAAAACAAAACGCAGGCUACGCUGAAAAAGGCGGAAAGGUGAACAGUUCAGCAGCAUUCGGCACGCAUGGAAACAAACAGCAGAGAGAUAAAAAGCAAAAAGCAGAAUGAAUAUAGAACAUAAUUAGGAAACAUGAGGAAGAGAGAACAACGGGAAGUUCAACGCUUUCCCGUUCAACGCUCUCCACGAUGACAGGUCAAGCACACGUGACACGCCUAAUCCGUAAAGAAUCUAGCAGCAGGACUGUCCAUUUCUCGAUUUCUGCGUGUCAUCCUUGCGCACGGGCCAUUUGCUAGUCCACCCUUCUCUGUAUCGUUCCAAUUUUAUCGGAUGUCCCGAAGGACAGCCCCGGGACUGUCGAUGUUCAACAGGCCGACGAUACGAUCCUGCAAAAGCCACUCACUGGCCCUGGCUCAACUGCCAUCCAGUGGUAUGUCCAUAUAUAGAUCUAUUGACGUCCUGCUCAUUACAAUUGACCGGGCGGCGUUGAAUUGUUGAUUGGCCUUCAGCUGGGAAAAGUGCGCGAGGUCUCCUGUUCGGGCUGGCCGACUAGGCAGCCACUCCGGGGAUUCCAUACGCGCAGGCGGACGCUCCUAGGUAGUUUAUAACCACUUUGUUGGUGGACCUAGUCUGCUGUGAACGAGUGAACCUGAACCUGGUUCAGCAAUCAUGACCUACUGUGCAGUUAGCUGGAAUGUGAUACUUAGGCCAGCAUCCCGAAAUUCCCGUGCCAUAGAGGGACAUCGUCCACAACACCGAU